GCUCGGUCGAGGUCGAGGUGCGCGAAAAGAUCGCAUUCUCGUAAUUUCGUUGCACUGUCGGUUUCAUUAAGCGAAACAUUCAACUGAAAGGUAUCACUUCGUUGAAAGUGGCUAUGGAACUUGCUAAAGCAAUUAAAAUAAUCGACGAAAAUAGUUUUAUUAAAAGGAGACAAAAUUCCGCCAGUAAGGGGGGCGCGGAAUCAGAGAAAUAUAAUCGGAAACGGAAAGGUGAGACAGGAGACUAGUGUUUCAUGGAAACGCGACGCGGUAAACAAAGAAUCGAAGUGAAAAUGCGGUUUUGGUGGAGCCACCUCCGGACAAUAUCAUGUUGUUAUUUAAUGCGAAUAAAAUUAAUUUCUUGAAUUAAUUAUAGUUAUCAUUUUUUCAAUAUUAUUUUUUAUUUCUACACAUAAAAUACACCAAGUAGUAUUUUGUUUAAAAUGUAUCUAUUCUAACGUUCUUCCGUAUUAUCCCACUUCAUUAUUUUAUUUUCGACUAUAAUAAUAUGACAGACGCGCAUACCGUAGAUGUAACUCUUUCCGCGUUUAUAUUACGAUUGCAGAAAUCGAUAAAGAAUGACAUCUCGAGAUUCCUAGCUAAAGGUAAUAAUAAAUGAAAUAAAAUUACCGAUGACAUAGGAUAAAUAAGGUGUAUCAAGAAAAUUAUUCGUUUUACAAUCGGGACUUCUAAAACUUCAAUUAUAUGCCUUUCCUUUUAUUUUUAUUUUUUCUCUGUUCAUGGCCGUGUAACGUAAGAAUAAUACUUUACUAUCUAAUAAAGUGAUAAAAGUUGCAUUUAAGAAAAAUGCUUUCGGUUGAUUCAUAUAACCGUUAUUUUGCGAGGAAUUGUCGCAAAGGUGACAUUACCGAGAUAAUACAUAUUAAAUGCUGAAAAAAAAAGAAAAUUUCAUCGCUGUCAGAGAAAUAGCUCGCAAAUCUAUAGACAUUUGGAAGUUCUCCUUCUGAAGUUACGUAAUCAGUUUUCGCUUUUGCCGCGUUAUAGAUCUUCGUGAACAAGAAUCUAUCUCGAAGAGUACAAGCAUUGCUUAAGAUAUACGUAUAACUGAGUACAAUACGUAUUUUAUAUAUUAUGUAUUGUAAUAUUAUUGCAAAAAUUAAAAUAUAGUGACAUCAAAAAUGCCUCUGAAAUUGACAUAUACAAUCGUUAUGAUCGCUGGAUGCUUCCGGCCGUUGUCGUGGACAUCCCCAUUUAAAUGUACAAUUUAUAUCAUCUACAGAUUAUACAUAAUUAGCAUGUUAUGCACUUUUACUAUGCUGCAAAUAAUGGAUAUUUUGCUGGACAUUGACAAUGCCGACGACUUUACAAAUAAUUUGAACAUGCUGUUGACCACGUCCGCCGCGUCUUACAAAAUGUUCAUUAUGUGGAUAAAUUACGAGAAUUUUGCAACGUUGAUUAAUUAUCUCACUGAAGAACCGUUCAAACCAUUAGAUCUGGAUGAGAUAAAUAUUCACAAACAAUUUGAUAACAUCGUACGGAAUAACACAUUACGUUAUACAAUUUUGAUUGAGACAACGUGCUCCUUCAUCGCUUUGACAUCAUUGUUCACUGAUUUUACACAUAGAAGGUUGACGUAUCGAGAAUGGGUACCAUACGAUUACUCGUCUUUCAUGGCGUUUUGUUUUACGUACGCUCAGCAAAUGGUAAGCACGUUCCAUUGCGCUACUGUGAACGUCGCUUGCGAUACUCUCCUUUGCGGGUUCUUAAUGCACCUGUGCUGCCAAAUCGAGGUCUUAGAAUAUCGUCUGAAGAAGCUUUCAAGCAAUAAGAAUAGUGUGGGCUACUGCAUACGACAUCACAAUCGAAUUUUUGAAUUUGCACGAUUGGUGAACAUAAGAUUUGCGAAAAUAAUCGGAUAUCAGUUUAUAGCGAGUAUGUUAGUAAUUUGUGCCAAUUUAUAUCAACUGACUAAGUCGUCCCUGAGCGCAAACCAUGUUCAGUUGAUCAUGUAUACUAGCUGUAUGUUAACGCAAAUAUUCAUUUAUUGUUGGUUUGGGAAUAAAGUCAAAUUAAAGAGUUACCAAUUAACAGAUAGCAUUUUCCAAAUGGAGUGGCCAAUCAUGAACGAUAGUAUUAAAAAGUGUCUGUUGAUUAUUAUGCAACGCACGACAAUUCCUAUUGAAAUAAACACUGCAUACAUUUUGACUAUGGAUUUAGACUCUUUCGUCCGAUUGCUCAAAAUGUCAUACUCUGCUUACAAUUUAUUGGGACGAGUACAAGAAGAAUAUCUGAAAAUGCAUAUUCUAAAAUUAACAUUCAUGAUUGUUAUGUCCGUUGGUUGCUUUCGACCGCCUUCGUGGACGUCAUUAUUUAGACGUGUUGUUUACAAUAUCUACAGAAUAUUUAUAAUUACCAUUCUGUACAUAUUCGCAUUUUUACAAUUUAUGGACAUCGUGCUGAACGUAGAUAAUCCCGAUGAUUUUACUAACAACUCAUACAUGAUGUUAAAUGUGUCCGUUUCGGGCUAUAAAUUAUUGAUCAUGUGGAUGAAUUAUAAGAACAUUGCAGCACUAAUUAGCAAAUUCACCGAGGAGCCGUUUAAACCAUUGGAUUUAAGUGAGAUGGAAAUUCGCCGGAAGUUUGAUAAAUUAAUAUGGAUGAACACAUUACGUUAUACGAUCCUCAUCGAGACAUCAUGGUCAUGUUCUGGCUUGACAUCAUUGCUCGCUGAUUUCAGGCAUAGAAGACUGACGUACAGGGAAUGGGUACCAUAUGAUUAUUCAUCUUAUAUGGUGUUUUGUGUCACUUACGCUCAUCAGUUCCUAAGCACCUUCUAUUGCGCCACUGUGAAUGUCGCUUGUGAUACUCUUAUAUGCGGUCUCUUAAUGCACGUGUGCUGUCAGAUCGAGAUCUUGGAGUAUCGCUUAAAGAAGCUCUCGCGUAAUGCAGAUACCCUGGAUUAUUGCAUACGUCACCAUAACAGUAUAUUUGAAUUUGCGCGGUUGGUAAACACGAGAUUCACGCAAAUAAUCGGAUUUCAGUUUAUAACGAGUACACUAAUAAUAUGUUCUAAUCUGUAUCAACUAAGCAAAUCAACAAUGAGCGCCGACAAUAUUUCAUUGAUCGUAUACACAUUCUGUAUGUUGACGCAAAUAUUCAUUUAUUGCUGGUUCGGAAGUAAAGUCAAGUCGAAGAGUCUUGAAUUAACAGACAGAAUUUUUCAAACGGAUUGGCCAAUGCUGAAUAGUAGCAUUAAAAAUAGUCUGUUAAUCAUUAUGAAACGCGCAAUAAUUCCCAUCGAGUUUACUACUGCACAUAUCAUCAGCUUGAAUUUGGAAUCGUUUGUAGCGCUGCUUAAAAUAUCGUACUCUGCUUAUAACUUAAUAGUACGAAUGCAACAAGAGUAAUGGACGUAAGCAGAAUAAAGCCUGUUUUAACUAAAGCAAACCAUUUUGGACUUGGAUUGAAAAGUUUUUCUGCAUGCGGCAUAUUUAUUCAACUUGGCACUUUCGAAUUAUCACUUAUUCCAAUCGACUAGCCAUACUUUUUAGAAAUGGCUGAGAAUCAUUUUUUCGCAAAGAAAUUCAAAGUUUAUUUAAAUUUAAAUUUAUUAAUUUUUUUAAAAUUAAAAAUACGAGAGGUGACAGAAAAAUUGUAAAAAACGAGGUCAAAAAUAUUCUGAUUACAGAAUUGUAUUGCAUAUAUUAUGCACUAAAGCGAAAACGUGCAGAAAAUGAAACUAAAAGUUUUGCAUAUAUCUAACAUAUAUACAAUAUAUACACAAUACAUAUAUGUAAUAUUUAACGAGAAUACCAACUUCAGAAAUCUA